AUGGGACACGAGUCUAUACCCCUGACAGCCCGUGAAGCUGCAUCCGGUCUAUUGGGAUCAGUAUCCAUGACAUGCUGGAUUUUCCUCUUGGUCCCCCAGCUAAUUGAAAACUACCGCAAUGGCAACGCCGAAGCCAUCUCUCUCCUCUUCGUCUUCGUCUGGUUCGUCGGUGACGUCGCAAACCUCGCCGGCGGUCUCCUAGCAGGCCUCGUCCCCGUGAUCGUCGCUAUCGCAGUCUACUUCUGCAUCGCAGACGGUGUCCUCAUCGCCCAAUGUCUGUACUACAAGGCGCGCAACUCCCGCAGCGGAAUUGUCCACCGCCGACGCUCGUCCACCGAGACCCCGGACCCUACUACCCCGCUCUUGGGACGGCGCUUCAGUGAUUCACUUGGACCUAAUGAGUCGCGGCGUCGUUCUUCUGGAUCGCUGCGUGGUCGUCAGGCUAUUGGCCGGCGCGAGAGCCAGGUUGAAGAUACCUUGGCCAAAAUAGUUGAGGAGAAUGACUAUGGCCGUAAGGCGUGGAUUAAGAACUUUGCCAGCGUUAUUGGUAUUUUCAUUGUCGGUAUGGCCGGUUGGACUAUGGCCUGGCAAACAGGCAUGUGGGCGCCGGCGCCGCAGGAGAAUCACAAUGGUCCUGAUGAGGCUACUAGUGGCUUGGUGCUAGGUUAUUUCAGCGCUGUCUGUUAUCUGGGAGCGAGACUGCCUCAGAUCUACAAAAACCACAGCGAAAAGUCUUGUGAAGGUCUAUCACUUUUAUUCUUCAUUCUCUCUCUCCUGGGCAACUUGACAUAUGGUGCAGGCAUCCUCUUCCAUUCUACAGAGAAGGAAUACUUCCUCACAAACCUCCCAUGGCUGAUUGGUUCCUUGGGAACAAUGGUCGAAGAUGUGGUCAUCUUCAUUCAAUUCCGUAUCUACGCACCCCAGGACCCGCGUCAGUCGGCGGUUUCAUAG